CGUGAACUGUAACUUUACAACAUGAGCUAAGUAUGUAGACAUGGACACAAAAGAAGAUGGUAAAUCUAUUGAUGAUCAGGGCUCGUCGCCUAUCAUGGCCCUACAGCAGUUGUCUGAGGUGGCUAUCGGAGUUGGUGGAGAAGCAUUUCAUCGUGAGAAGACUGCCGUUUCACCCAAGGUGCCUCCUGGACAUAGACGCUGUCAAAGUGAAGUUGUAACUGCAGGACUUCAAAGGAGUGACAGCUACGAAAAGUUGAAGAAUCAUGUGCAGAGGGCUUGGCGGGGAGGAGGCAAAUCCCCCGAAGAAGGUUCUCCUUUGACUUUUAACCCUGAGGUCUUAGCGAACCAAAAGCGUCAGUGGUAUCAGCUUAAUUCCAAAACCCUGGAUUGUGCAAAUCAUAAGGAGCCAACCUCAUUGUUCGAACAUUUUGUGAUUGUGGGGCUGCAUCCAGAUGCAAAUCUGGAAGCUGUGGAGGUUGAAUUUGCAAAUAGGAAAAAGUGGGAAAAAGAGGGAAAAUAUGCGCCUGUAGAGUUCCAAAUGAUGCAGCAACAGGAGUCUCCAGUACCAGUGUUGGAACCUCAGAUUCUUUUCAAAUAUCCUCCUGGGAAGAAGCUGAGCAUGCGCAUGAAAGAUUUAGCCUCUUUUUGCUUUCCUGGAGGUGUCAAGGCAUCAUUGGUGGAGAGGACUCCAUCUCUAAGUGAACUGAAUGAACUUGUGUAUGGGCAGAUUCAUUUAGGCAGAGAUGAUUUAUCAUUUAUCUUUUCACUCAAGGCAGCACAAAAUGCAACUCUCUACGGGGUCUGUUUACAUGUGCCUGAAAUCUUACAACGGCCACCUAGUAUCUUAGGCAUAUCGUCUCCUCUUACUCUUCCCUCUGGGGCAUGCAGCCGUUUUAUGGUUUCUGCUCCUCGUUGUUUCUGUCUGCUGACUAGAGUUCCUUUCUUUGAGUUGCAUUAUGAAUUGUUAAACAGUCUUGCUGCACAGGAACGUCUGAAUCGGAUUACUCAGUUUGUAAAUGAAAUGACUCUUACUG